CCGGUCACAUGACGGCGACGGCGGAAGAGCGCGAGCGAUCAGUCGCGACGGUACUCGCGCGCCGAACGCCGCCGCCGUCGUCGACGCCGAGGCCGACGCUGACGCCGACGCCGGUCGCACCAUGCUCGCGGGCGCUCUGCUGGCCGUGGCCGCGGCGGCGCUGCUGGCCCCGGCGCCACUCGCCGCCCGAGUUCGUCAGAUCCAGUGUGCCUGUUCGCCUGGUUGUCCACACGAUACUUGCACAACAGAAUACCAGUGUUAUACUCAGUAUAUGCAUGAUGAAUUGAAGCCUCUUGCUCAUGGUUGCUUGCGACGCCGAACCGUGAAGCGCUUGUGGAAGAAUCGCAGUCAAGGCGAAAUGACGCUGUCACUUAUGGAUGUUCCAAGCACUUGUUGAAGGUUGGCUGCGUCUAUGCCGCCUAAGACUGCUACUGGGUUUUCAAGCUAUGUUUUUCUCUAAGCUUCAAUAACACAUAGUUGUAAGGAUAUUAAAAGAAUUCAGUGUCAAAGAUAUAGCUUGACACUUGACAAAGAAAUUACAUUAAAUUUGUAUCUGACUAAAGUUUGGAAAAUACAUGAAAGUAUUAGAAAUUUUAUCAUUCAUGGCACAUUCAGAAUGCAGAGAAAGACAUUUCAGUAGGAAUUUUGGAAUUUAUUUACAUUUAAUAAGUAGAAUUGUUGCAAAUGCUAGAGUAGGAAUUAAUUUUUAUUGCUCUCAUACAUGACGCCUGUGACAAAGACAAAAAUAGAGAAAUCCUAUAACCACCAUUUCAAUCCCGACUAGUUAUCUGAUAUUCUCCUGUAACAAAAUUCUAUUGUGGGAGUAGCUUGACAGAGGUCAUGAACCUUGGAAAGUAAUGUGUUUCUUUUAGGCCAUAUUCAAAAACUACAUUUUUCUAUAAAUUAUCACUAAUGACACUCCCUGGUUGCCAUUCUCUUGACAUCCUCAGAUAUAUAUCUUUAUCCUAGACACAAGAACGCAUUAAUCCAUUUAUUUACCAGAAUAAAUUUGUUUAAAUAAUUAAUGCUUGAGUUGUCGGGCAGAAUUAUAUGGUGUGAAUGUGUGUGUGUGGGGAGGGAAUGAAGAUUCCAUCACGACAUUGAUUCAACAUAAGUCAUGUCUGAAUAAUUUUACCUUUUUGAGAUAAUGAAAAGCAUGUAUGUUUACGACUACGAUAAGUGCCACAUGUCAUUUAUUUUUCAGACCUUCCAAUAAAUAUAUUUUUUAAAAUGUGGAAAUAAAAAAUUAAAGUAGAAUAAAACAAAGACACAUUUAAUAUUUUCUCACCUCUUCAAUAACAACAACAAAAACAAUAACAAUAAUAAUUAUAAUAAUAAUAAUCAUAAUUUUUUGUUUAUUUGAUUGUACUUUUGUAUGAAUGGAAACUUAUUAUAAAGAUUUAAAGAUAUAUAAUAAUUUAGUCAUGUGAAUACAUGCAUAUACCUAGAAGUAUUUUUGUAUUUUCUAACUGGCAAAUUAGUGUUCUAAUUUCACUGUGUAGAUGGUGGUUCUACCAGAACUGAUUAAAAUUUAUGAAGUCAAAUCAGUAGUUGAAUCUACUUGGUAAAAUAAUAUUUGUAUCGAUGCAUACAAGCAGCAAUUCUGUGGAGGAACAGGAGCCAUGCCAUUAAUGGCAUGCCAUUAAUGGCAUGGCUCCUGAUUUUGGUAUCAUAAUACAUCUGUUUCUAAACAAAAACAUUAAUGUAGAGAUAACAAUUAAAAAUAUUGUAGUGCAGAUAACCUUGCUAAAAGCAUCUUAAAUUGGAAAAUAUGGUGGAAAAAUUAUUACAAGUAUUUAUAAGAAAUUUUGGAACUUCAAUUUUUAAUUACAUCUCAAAACAAUUAUAUGUUAAAGGAGCAUAAUUUUGUGUAUUUCUUGCUUCAAUGUGCAUACUGUCAUUAGUACACAGCUUUCUCAUAAUGAAAUAUUAAAUUCUGUAUGGUUAACAAUGAUUUAAAUAUAAAAUAAUUCAAACUCAUGUUUCAUUUCUGUCAAGGAUAAACAUUUCUGAAAUAAUAAUUGUUGGCAGAUACUUAUUUUUGGAGCCAUUAAUUGUGUGUUACAGGCACAGUUUUGUGGUAAUAUUGUCAUUUCCUCUUCUCACAUGAUAGAUUCAAAUUAGCAGCAAAGGUAAAAGCAUUCUAUUCAUCAUAGAAUGAAUUCAUGGUUGCACAUUUUAAAAUGAAAUGUUAGUGUUUAUUAAUUAUUUACUAUAUAACACAAGUGUUACACAAUGUGAAGAUUCUUUCAAUUUGGGUUACUCUUUUAUUCACAAUGAAUGGUAAUUGCAUUGUGAAGUUCCUACCCAUGUGCUAAAAAAAACAUUAAAUUUUUAUGUAUUGGUACUAUGUAAUUGUGUGUGAACAUUGAAUGUUGUGAUAUGAACACAUUUGGGAAAGUAGAUUUUCCUGUGUUUGAAAAAAGAAAUUGUCACUUGUUUGUUUAAAAGCUUAGGUACCUUCAAGAGAAGUAACAAAUGCAGAAACAGUUGAAUUUCUCUUAAAGUUAUCUCCUCUAACAUAAUACUUCACUGUAGCAACAACUAUGCAUGGAACUUGGAGUCAAAGUUUAGGGGAGCAAGUGAAAAAUUCAUUCAAUCCAAUUAGUAUGAAGUAAAAGAAUUAUUUUAGAUUUCACGGGACAUGAUUUUUUACUAUCAUUAUUAAUAUUAUUGUUAUUGAUUUUACCUUUUUUUGCAAAAGCAUGUGCAACGAGAAAAUUCUCACUGCAGAAAAAACGCUCACGUGUCAGUUGGUGCCAAUUUCAUGCACCGUGAAUCAUAAACCAAAGAAUCAUAAUCCAUAGAUGUGAUGUGUGCUUUAUCCCCUGCCAAGAUAUAGCUACUAACGCUUGCCAAAAUUGAGCUGAACUAUCAACUCCAACAAGUCUGAUAGCUGACAUCCAGCAGCUCUUGCUGCUGUUUACUGGUAGCAUUACAUGUGUCACAUCUAAGAAAUUUUCAAAUAUUAUUUUGUGGAAUUGGAUGGGGAUAUUUUUUAUUAUUGUUUCUUUCACACAGUUCCACUAAUUGGUAAUUAUUUGAUGGCAAUACAAAAAGUUGUAAAAUGCAAUCAGCCUUUAAUAUUAAUAUAUUUUUUUCAAUUUUAGAGGUUUGUCAACAUUUAAGAAUGGUCAAAACAUUAGGUGGAGAAACUGCCCCCUUGGCUCUCUUGCUCCUCCUUAACUUACACAUAUGGCAGUAAGCAUUACAUAAUGAAAAACAUUCUAACGAUAACAGAAAAGUAAAUAUAUAAAGGAAAAUUAACUGGUGAGCUUUUCUUGCAGAAAUCAGGAACAUAUUUUUAUCAAUGCAAGAGAACAUUCAUAAUUUAUUAAAUGUAAGUGAUGAUGCUUAUCAGUUGAAGCUAAUUCUAGAGAUUGCACAUAUUAUUGUGCGCAGCAGAAAACUGUAACUUUUUACUUGAAGAAAAAGAAAUGCAUUAUUGAAGAAAUAAAAAUAAUAAAAUAUCUCCAAUUUCCUUUCGACCUGAAAAUAUAUAGAUUUUUAUAGAAAUUUAUUUCAUCAGAAAAUAAACAAAUGAAGAAUUAUGUAAAUGAUUUAAU